AUGUGGACUCGUAGCCCCAAAUCAAUACAGUGUUGCCCCAAGAGUCAGAAAGGGACAGAGUGGCAUCAGGGGGCGGCUCAGAAUGCUCUCCGCCUCUCACAACAUAACAACAACCCCUGGCUUCUAACCGCAAUUUACUACCACCAGGGUGGGUUGCAAAGAUCUCGGAUGAAGAUGAAAAUGUUAAGUUUGGACAAAGACCUUGUGAGGGAUGCUAUACGAAACGUAAUGCGUAUUGAUCACUUCAAACAGUACUAUACACAUUCGUUCGCAUAUGAUGUCGGCCAAAUGAUAUAUUUGAUUAGAAGCAAAUACGCUAGAAUGAUUCGUGUGUUUACAAUAGCGCUUGAAUAUGACAAAAAGUACCAUCACGGUUUCAAACACGUGCCACAUCUAGCGGAAAUUCAAAAGUUGGCAAUGGAAAUUUAUAAUUUAGUUGAAAUGUUGGAAGAGUAUGAAUUGAUUGGGGAGAAACGAAAUAAUAGAAUGUUCAACUUGUUCAAUUUGCCACAAAAUUUUACUUUUUCAAAUAAGACUUUAUCUGAAUUAAAAGCUAAUUAUUCAAAUCAGCAAGCUAAAAUUCCACGGACGAAUCCAUUAACAGGACGGAAAAACAGACAGUAUCAAAAACAUAGCAGUGAUAUGUAUCAAAUUGGUCAUCUUGAUGGUGCCGGCUUUGACUCAGAUAUAGAACAUUAA